GAAAGUGGAGGUUGAGCCGAGGGGACACCAGAGCCUCUCCAAGAAGCCAGUCUUUGCAAACUCUGGUGCAUACAGACAAGGUUCAGAAAGAAGAGAGGUGCAGACAUAUGCAUGACCCUGGGGCACCUUCUACCCACUUGGCACCUAGGUGACCCUUAUCUGCUCAUUCAGGCUUGACUGGUAGCACAUUGGUUUCCUGUCUAGCACAUUGCAGGGACCUGCUGGAGUUCAGUGCAGAGCAGUGCCUGGCUGGUGUGAGGAGCAGCCAUGACUGCAGAGGUGGUGGAAGAUGAACGUCAGCAGCGUCCAGCCUCCCUUUGUGAACCCAAGCGUCCCCUUCACUGGGUCCAUCCAAGGGGGCCUCCAGGAGGGACUUCAGAUCACUGUCAAUGGAGUUGCACACAAGUUCUUUGCAACCAGGUUUGUCGUGAACUUUCAGACCGGCUUCAGUGACCAGGACAUUGCCUUCCACUUCAACCCUCGCUUUGAAGAGGGCGGGUAUGUGGUCUGCAACACAAAGCAGAAAGGAAGCUGGGGGACAGAAGAGAGGAAGAUGCAAAUGCCCUUCCAGAGGGGGAAUCCCUUCCAGCUGUGCUUCCUGGUGCAGAGCAGGGAGUUCCAGGUGAUGGUGAAUGGAAACUUCUUCACGCAGUACUCACAUCGCGUGCCGUUCCACAAGGUGGACACCAUCUCUGUCACUGGCACUGUGGGACUGAAAAACAUCAGCUUCCAGAACACCCAUGUCACCCUUGUCCAGCCUGCCUUCUCCGGGAUGCAAUUUUCCCAGACAGCCUGUUUCCCACCCAAGCCCAAGGGGUGCAAACCGAAAACUCAAACACCCACCCAUACCAUGCAGAGUGUGCCUGGACAAAUGCUCUCUCCUUACUUUACCGCCAUCCACGGUGCAGUAUACCCCGGCAAAAGCAUCACCGUGUCAGGCACCGUCCUGCCCUAUGCUGAGAGGUUCUACAUCAACCUGCACUGUAGGAGUGACAUCGCCUUCCAGAUCAACUCUUGUUUUGACACAAACUCCGUGGUUCGAAACACCAGGAUCAAUGGUUGUUGGGGCCCUGAGGAGACCUACAUCCCCAGAUCAAUGCCCUUCUCCAGAGGCCAGGGCUUCAUGGUGGUGAUCACGUGUGAGAUUACCGGGUACAUGGUGGCAGUGAACGGUCAGCACCUGUUUGAGUACAACCACCGCCUGCAGGACCUGCGUGACAUCAACGUCCUGGAAGUGGGAGGUGACAUCGAACUGACCAGCCUGGAGACAUAGGCAGGAUUCCUGGCCCUGGGGAGUCAGCUGGAGCACAUCACUGUCAGGAUCCACUCAUCACCUCCACCUUCCCUCUCCUGUUCCUGUCCCUGCCCCAGUCCUUCUCUGCCCACCAAAGAUCUGGAGGGACCAGGUCCCUGUGUGGCCCUGCUUCUGUUUGCAGUGACCCUGGGGUGGAGAAGGCAGCUGGCUGGGACUGCCUUCUUCAGCCUGGGCACCACCUGGGGCUCUGGCUGCCCAAUCCUAACAUCCAAGGAAGGAUGUGGUGUGUGCAGGUUGAAGCCCCAUGUUCUGUCCCCUGGGCACAAAGGGAGGGUUGUGGGCUUUCCCAAGCUCCCAGCCUACCCCUUGUCUACCUUGGAUCCCAUUUCCCAGCCUCCAUUCAAGUCCUCCUCAGGCUCAAGCCACCAGCUGGUCACUCACAAGGGAAGUGGUCUCCUCAGGUUUCCUCUUUCUCCAACCUUUACCCUUUCCUUGUACCAUUACCAACUCUUGCUCCUCUCCAAGAAAGCGAACCUGAAUGACACUUUUUAGUCUCCAGCAACAAACAGGACCUUCUUCAGCUAGAAGCCCCCCUUCUCCAUUGUCCUUCAAAUAAAGUGAGAAAGAAAUA